CUCAGCACUUACAAAAAACAGUCCCUUAAACGCCUUUUGCCUGGGCUCCUUCCUCCGUGUAACAAGGAAACGGUUGGCCGCCGCAGGACAGCAGUUGGGAUCUGUGUUGGGUAUCUUUGCUUACAAAGCACAGGUUUACACGUCCUUGCGGUGAAGCUUUUCCACCUGCUCGACAGGAAAAGCGGGCAGAGAGCGUGGGGUCAGACAGCGAGGCCGAGGCCAUCGGGGGAAACCUGUUCCAUUUGCACGGACAGCUUGCUUCAGAAGAUCGAUAAAGCGCCUUUAGCCUUUAAAGCUGAUUGUCCAAAUAAAAUAUCUCUGUGGCGCUGUUCGCCGUUAUUGUUUUGGAUGGGCGCGAAUGGUGGGACGGGUGCUGGAAAGGCCAGACCUGCAGUAAAUUGGUAUUUGUGCUUCCUGAGGAGUUUUACAGACAUGCACUCCCCACCUUGGUUCUGACUGCAGAUCCGGUGAGAGACAUGUGGAUCACAGCAGUCGUGUUCCACCUCCUGCAUCUGAGCUGCUCGCACCGAGUGCACUGGACGUACAAAGAAGGAGAGCUGGAUGAAGAGCACUGGGGAAAGCACUUUGCAGACUGUGCUGGCAAGCACCAAUCUCCAAUUGACAUCCAGAGGAAAAGAGUGAGGUACAACCCCCAGCUGCUGCAGCUGGAGCUGAGUGGUUAUGAUGGGCCUUUGCGGGGGGAUUUCACGAUGACCAACAACGGUCACUCUGUUCAGAUUGAUUUGCCACCCACCAUGCACAUCUCCAGAGGGCUCCCAGGCCUCUACACAGCUGUACAGAUGCAUCUGCACUGGGGUGGCCUGGACCUGGAGACCAGCGGCUCUGAGCACACCAUAGACGGGAUGAGAUAUUUCGCAGAGCUGCACAUUGUCCAUUACAACUCAGCUGACUACUCAAGCUUCGAAGAAGCCAAAGACAAACCAAAUGGUUUGGCUGUGCUCGCCUUCCUGUAUGCGGAUGGGCACUUCGAGAAUACCUACUACAGUGAAUUCAUUUCCAAACUGGCAAAAAUCAGGUUUGCAGGUCAAUCAACAAAGCUCAUUUCUCUGGAUGUCCAAGCCAUGCUGCCAGAAAACCUCUCACACUUCUACCGGUACCAGGGCUCACUAACAACCCCACCUUGCUCCGAGAGCGUGAUCUGGACCAUCUUUCAUUCUCCGAUCGUCCUGUCACACACACAGAUCAGCCUGCUGGAGAACACCUUGCUGGACUGGCAAAACAGGACGCUGCGCAACGACUACCGGCACGCUCAGCCCCUCAACGGGCGGGUGGUGGAGUCCUCCUUCAGAGCCAAACUCACCCAAGAACAAUGCCAUACAGAAGAAUUCAACCUCAGACUGGAACAAAUCCAGAUGCAGCUCCAAGACAUGAAGAGAGAUCUAACAGCUGGCUUUUUGGUUAUUUCAGGUAUUAGAUCCAGCACUUUUCCAGCUUUCUACUUCCCUGUAGAAAACAUUGAGAGCAUUGUGAAUGUUCAUCCCCUCCAUGAUAUGUCUCUGCAAGCCUUCACCUUAUGUUUCUGGACAAAAUCCCAGCAUGCUGGCAGUCAGACUGUUCUUUCCUACUCUACACAGGAGAGGGAUAAUGAGCUCGUGAUGACCGUGGGCACAGAUGUGGGAUUGUGGAUAGGAGGCCAUUUCAUCAGCUUCCCCAUGUACCACAAGGCACAAGAUUGGCUGCACUACUGCAUGGCAUGGGCCUCCCAGUCUGGAAUGGCAAAUUUAUGGCUCAAUGGAGCAGCUGGUGAAGCAAAGAGUAUCCAGAAGGGGUACGUGAGCCAGGCUGGAGGGACACUUGUCCUUGGGAAAGAGAGAGGCACGCUUCUUGGGACCUUCUCCAACAGUUUUGCAGGGUGGAUGACUCAUGUGAACCUGUGGAGCCAAGUUCUCAGACCUGCAGAUGUUCGGGCACUUGCACUGUGCAAACCAGGGCAACUGAAGGGAGACAUCAUAGCAUGGGGAGAAACCUCCAUGACCCUCCUGGGGGGGGUGAUUCUGGAGUCUGACACCAGCUGUCAGUAACCACAGCUUUGUUUUGUUUUGGUUUUUUUUUUAAAGCAGCAGAAUAAUCCAAACUGCUUGCUGAGGAAACUGAAAAAAACUUGGAUUAUUUGCUUAUUUCUCAUUCUGCUUUGCAUAGGCUCACUAUGCACCUGCAACUGUUCCAGGUCAUUUUUCCAAGAGAGCAAAGCCUCCAUCAGUGGGAGAGAUGCAAAGGCCAGAGCAGAACUUGGCGCAGUCCAACACCUCGCACUGUCACAUUCCUCCCUGGAGUUUGAUUUAGGUCCCCAUACGUAGAUCUUCCUACGUGCUAAAGAGCCUCUCUCUUUGGUCAAAGGAGCCCCUUUCUCAAGUAAAAUCUCUGUCACAUCCUUCACCCAGUCUCAGUUCCUCACCAUCUUCCCCGCAUGCGUCCUCUCCUCCCAUUUCUCACCAUCAAAUCACCACCCCUUCCCCUG